AUGCCAGCGGUGGUCGCGCAACAGCCUACAGGUAUAGCUGAGCCUAUGUCAGAAUUGGAGCAGCCUCCAACCCAGUCCCCAAAAUCUGGCGGGCCGAACAGGCAGAGUGACGCAUUCUUCCCACGGGCGCUGAAGGAUCCUUAUGAGUUAUGGCUCUCGGCAAUUACCGGGGACUGUAUAGCUCCUGCAAGCCACCCACACUCGAUUUACCGCAUAGGAUACUAUCGUCGGCGCGGGCCUCAGCAAGUUCAAGAUCAAGGCAUCUCAUCACCACAAUCCCCUCCAUUCCUACCAAUGGCCCAACGAGUCACGCUCCGCAAACGCAACCCUUACAACACCACUUCCAAUCGCAGACGUAUUGUGAAGACGCCAGGUGGUAAGCUCGUCUACCAUCACAUCAAGAAGCUUGCUACCGCACCCAAGUGCGGAGACUGUGGCAUUGCAUUGCCUGGUGUUGUUGCGCUGCGACCUCGCCAAUACGCGGUUGUCUCGAGAACAAAAAAGACUGUCCGUAGGGCGUAUGGUGGUUCGAGAUGUGGAGAUUGCGUGAAGCAACGCAUCCUCCGAGCAUUCCUUGUUGAGGAGGCCAAGAUUGUCAAGAAGGUGAUCAAGUCACAGGAGAAGGGAGGCAGGAAGUAG